AUGGCCGCCGACGAAGAACACGAGGGCGCCUCGAUCAAAGAGCUCCUCAUCGAAGCCUGCCGCCGCAACAACACCGACCUCCUCCUCGAGGUCCUCCACGACAAGCCCGACGCCGAAAUCACCGCCCUCCUCAACAACACCACCACCCCCUCGUUCGAAUGCGACCCCAUCAACCGCCUCGAGGGCGACACGCCGCUGCACACCGCCAUCCGCUGGCUCAACGCCGAGCCCCCCGCCCAGCGGGCCUUUGGCAAGGCCCUCGUCGAGAUGAUGCUCGAGGCGGGCUCGAACCCGCGCGUCAGGAACAAGGGCGGCCUGACGGCCCUGCAGCUCGUCGACCCGCGCAACGUCGAGCUGCGCCAGCUCAUACAGCAGCACGAGUAUACGAACCAGAACGCGGGCGACUUCAUCACCGUCGACGCGGGCGCCGCGCACAGCAAGGGGAAUAGUAUUGAUCGUGUGGCGGCUGUGGGGCAGCAGAGCGAUGGUGAUGAUGACGAUGAUGCCGAGUUCAGCGGCAGUGACGAGGAGGAAAGGGCCGAGUGGGAGCGGAGGAGAAGGGAAAAGCGGAAAUGA